GUGUGAUAAGAUAGUGUCUGCACUUUUAGUUUGUUGUGAUUCCAAGUGGUUUUGCUUAUCGAAAGAGUUUAAAAUUAAGUUUUUAUUUUUGAACUGACUGUAUUAGAAACUGAUAGUAGUUCAUUUGACAUUAAACCAGAUAUAAUUGUUGUGUGUAAUUAUUCUUUUAAAAAAUGGGGAAAAACAAGAAAGAGGAGAUAUCAUAUAACACUGGCCCAAUAAAAGCAUCUACAAAGCUACAUGAGAUAAUUAAGAAAAAAAUAACAACAGCAGUAGAGUUUGCUUCAAAAAAAUCAAUAUAUAAUCCUCAUGUCACUGCUACUGAGCUUAACACUGCACAAAGCAUCCUGUUGUCAUUGAUGCACAGCCUCCUCACAAAUGAUUUAGGCUUUUGCAUCAGUUUGCUUGAACUUGCAACCACCGUUGAUCACCUUAGGUCAUCUUAUCUUCCGACUUGGCUUAGAGAUGAUUUUAACUUUGAGGAUCAACAGGUGUUAAGGGUGUUAUCCAAGAUUGCUUUGCUUGUCCAAUCUGGUUUAAUCAUCAUACCGACCCAUAUCUUAAAGGUGUUUGUGAGCCUUUCUUCUAAAUACAGAAUUAUCGAGUGUUGUAGAGCUUCUGAAGAUAAAGAAACGUUGAAGUUUCUUUUAGAGUUCAACCUUCAGGAACACUCUGGUAACAAUCAAUCAACUACAAUGGCCUCAUCUUUUUCAUCGGAAGUUCCCCAGUUGUUGCCCAAUCAUUCUGUUCAAAAAUUUUUUAAGGAAGCAGCGGUGAAACGUAAAAGUUUUGUAGAGGGACCUACAAAACCACCAAGUCUUCAUAAUAUGAAUGCUCAAAAUGUGCUCACCAAUUUUAUGGAUGAUGAAGUAUCUUUUGUAGAAAGAACAGAAAAUCCUUCUCCAACGCUUCAGGAAGUUUGGGUUGAAACUACGGCACCAACCCAACUACCAGCAUCGGCAAUAACUUCAAAUUCUAUUAGUUCUACUACUUCUAAUCAAGCAUCUUCAAGUGAAUUAUAUAUGUAUACUGUGAGAGAAUAUUUAAAGGUCCCAGAAGAUUUUAAUGAGGAGGAGCUGUUGAGUUUGGUCUGUUAUUCUGAUACAGAAGGAAUAACCCCAUUGCAUAGAGCUGUUAGGGAUGGAAACCCAUACGUUGUAGAAUGCUUGUUGAUGUUAGGGGCUAAGAUCAAUGAAAAAGAUUCAUUUGGUUCUACCCCUUCUCAUUGUGCGGCUUCAAUAGGCAGUGUACCUAUACUUCAGGUUUUAGCACAAAAUCAAGCAGACUUAUCACUAACCAGAAAUGAUGGAUGCUCUCCACUUCAUGAGGCAAUAAUAAAUGGACAUGAAGGUGCUUGCAGAUGGCUUUUGGAACACGGCUCAGAUAUCAAUGGAAGGAACAUUGAUGGAUGGGCUCCUCUGCAUAUGGCAGCCCAAUGGGACAAGCAAGAAAUUGUAAAAAUCCUCUUAGAAAAUGGUGCAGAUUCAAAAAUAUACAACAACCAUGGUAAGACCCCUGCCGAUGUGGCCAGGGAAGAAGGACACACAUCGAUAUUGGAAUUAUUGUCAGUUUAAUAGAAACUAAUGAUGCAUUAUCCCCAUAUUGUUAUCUGUAAGUGUUAUUAACUUUUACAAUCUUUAGUGCUAAUACUUUAGAUAGACUUAAGUUAAUAAAACCUUCAAUUUCUUAUUUUAUUAUUGUAUUGUUAUUUUGAAUUUUUAAACUCUAUCCAUACAUCCCCUGAUUUAUUUUAUUAAUGUUUCGAAGUUUUUAUUAUAAACUUGAAGUAACAAUAUAAUAUAAAUUUAAAAAAAAAAAAA